GGAGCCGCCAGUUUGUGCCGCGGCGCCGUGAGACGAGGACUGUGUGCUUGUUCUGCGUGUGCUUCGCUGAAACUCUCAUGCCGUGCGUUUACAACGAUUGCCAUUGCAUCGAUAUUUAACUUCAUACAUACAAUCACUGCACCGUCAUCGGUACAAGUUUGCGAUACGUCGUCGCGAGUGUCGUGAAUAAGUAUAUCCACGUGCGAUUCCUUCACUAUAAUACUUACUACAGUGAAAAGAGAGUAGAAAAGAUUAAGUGCGAGAGUGUGCCGAAAACGCAAAUUGUGCGAGCGGUGGUAUGACGCUGACGACGAGAAGAAAGUGCGCGAUGAUGAAGCUUCAGUUUGCAUAGUAUACCCUGCAGCGCGCGUUAUUGCACUCGAACGUCGUCGUCGUCGUCGCGUGAAAAGCUGGCAUAAAACACACAUCCCAGAGGAGAGAGUAUAAGGAACCGAGCCAGCCAGCUUUUAUCGGGGAGACGCCGCACGCGAGGCUCCCCCACAUGAUAUCUUAUCUAGUGCUGCUGCAGGUCGACUCUACCGUUCUUGCUGUAUCGCCGUCACCGUCGUCGUCGUCGUUCACUGCGCGCACUUUUAAAGAAGCGGUUAUGAGAGUUCGAUGAUUACCGGCUACCGUACCCGAAGCAGCAGAACGAUGGACUACCUGCAGACUACGCUUAGGCUACUUCUCCUCCUGCUUAUACAGCAGCAGCAGCAGAUUGCCAGUGCCAUAGACUUAUCACAAUGCACCGGCGCCCUGGGAAUGGAGUCGGGAGCGAUCCCUGACGCUGACAUCACUGCCAGUUCCAGCUUCGAUAGCGGCAACGUCGGCCCUCAUCACGGACGGUUGCGGCAGGAAAGCUCAGGCGGCGCCUGGUGCCCGAAGCCCCAGAUCACGACCAAAUCGAGCGAGUACAUCGAGAUCGAUCUGCACAAGGUGCACGUCAUCACGGCCAGCGGAACCCAGGGACGAUUCGGCAACGGACAGGGCGCCGAGUUCGCAGAGGCUUACCUACUCGAGUACUGGCGACCGGCGCUCGGCAAGUGGGUACGAUAUAAGAAUCCCAGCGGAGAAGAGGUGAUCCAAGGCAACAAGAACACCUACAUCGAAGCCAAGCACUACCUGGACCCGCCGAUCUGGGCGUCGAAAGUCCGCUUCCUGCCCUACAGCUACCACCAGCGCACCGUCUGCAUGAGGGUCGAGCUGUACGGUUGUCCGUGGAACGAGGGCAUCGUCUCUUACUCGAUGCCCCAGGGCGACAAACGCGGCACCUGGGAGUUCUUCGACGCGACCUACGACGGCCACUGGACUGACCAGCUUGACCGGGGACUCGGGCAGCUGACCGACGGUCGCAUCGGACCCGAUAAUUUCAAAAACAGCUUCCACGACUCAAAGGACCAAGGAUGGGUCGGCUGGAGGAACGACACGAGACAGGGACACCCGCUCGAGAUCAAGUUCGAAUUCGAUCACGUGAGGGAGUUCUCCGCGGUGCACAUCUACUGCAACAACCAGUUCAACAAGGAAGUGCAGCUCUUCUCCGAGGUGAACAUACUAUUCAGCAUCGGCGGCAAGUAUUACACCGGUGACCCGAUAGUCUACGACACUCCUGAGGACAGAAUCUUCGACUACUCGCGCAACAUCACGAUAAAGCUGCACCAUCGCAUCGGCAAGUUCGUGAAGCUGCGCUUCGGCUUCGCCGCCCGAUGGAUCAUGAUCAGCGAGAUUACCUUCGACUCUGACAUAGCCCACGGAAACUUCACCCCGGAGUUACCGCCGACAACGGAAGCCCCCCGUAUCCGGGACCGAGGCUCCCUCCGAGAGACACCUCGGCACCACGUCGAGGUUCCAGUCUCCACAGCCAAGCAGGACGACCCGACGUACAUGGCGGUGAUAAUCGGCGUACUGACCGCCGUGAUCCUCCUCCUGGCCGUCGCGAUCUUCCUCAUUGUUUCCCGACACCGUCAGCGCAAGAACUUCGCCAGUCCGCUGAGCAGCAAGUCCGCGAUACCGCCCGGUGGUCAUCAGCAUUUGUCCAACGAAUCGGCCUACGGUACCACCGAGAAGGACCCAUCCCUCAUGACGUACAGAGUCGACGAACUGGACGACCGGUACACGGCUGGCAAACUGACGACGCUGCCCCGAGAGCUCAACGACCGACUACUCGGAGACGUUCGCCUCGACGACUACCAGGAGCCGUUUCACGAGCAAACCAGCGGCAAAUACCGGGAGCCGGCGCACGCCGCUUAUUACGGAUACAGCACCGUCGUUAUCGACAACAAGGAUCUUCAUGACAACGUGGAACAGUCCGACGCUACUUACGAUUAUGCAGUACCUAUGCCAGUGCCUAGCCAGAGCAGCGAUCAGGACAGCAUAUUUUCCAAGUCAUCCAGGGGCAGCGCUAAGGCCUGCUUACAGAGUUUCUUCCCGCCACCGCCACCGCCAAUGUCAGCCCCUCCUUCCCGAGUAGGCGCCAACAACCUCACGUACUCAAGUCCCCCGAGUCCCGACCUGAUGUGCGACCGCAGCCGCAACGGUAGCAAGCGCCGUGAUCACUCGCUUCAUCGGUACGCAUGAGACGAGCCUCAACAGCAGCAGCAGCAGCGACGAAACAAUCGAUGGCCCAGGAGGACGAUGACUAGCUCCUCGGCCUCUACGCUUCUCUAUACGCGAGCCUACGUGAGUACCUACGGCGACAUGCUGUAGAGAGUCGGCGACUUUUUACGACGGGCUGUAUGGAUGUCCAGGUAGAUGCUUGCUCGGUUUUUAGCCGUACGUUUUACCCCUCUGCGUUUUACUCAUAGCGAGGCACUCUGAAUUUUAUGGUUGGAUAAGAAAUACGUAAUUCCAUUUCGACUACAAAGCGUCUGCCUGGAAGCGAAGAGGCGUUCUCGCUUGACGAAAAAAAAAGUGCAGCGAGAAUCGAGGUGUCCUAUAGGGUACAAUCUUCGAUAAUCACGAUGGUGAUAGUUGUAACGAUUGGCAUAUCAGUUACGAAGACGCGUUGAGGAUCUAACCGUAUAAACGUCUUUUUCUACUCUCCUCUACGAAGCUUCGGAUCAUAAAGUUUGUUCGUUAGAAACACACACUCACUAUUCCGGUUGUUCUUUUGCCGCGCGAGCAAUAAUACAUCGUUUCCUGUGAGACAAAGUGUCAUACAUUCGAUCGACUGAGUACGUAUUAAAGGGUAUGGAUCGAUCUUUAACGACAGUGUCGAGAGUUUGAGUUGUUGCGACGUUAUAAAAUAGGAGUAUAUAAGUGUACAUAAUAAAAGUUUAGCUGUACGAAGGACGAGGCGUAUUAUAAAAAAGUUUUCUAAGUCACGAGUAACGAGAAAUGAUUUGAUCGCUGAUUACGUGGAACAAAAGCUCUCAUACGAGGAAUUGUACAUUUGCGCGAUGCGUAUCUCGAUUCCGCACUGCCAGUUAUAUAUACUUAUACAUAGAAGGAAAGGGAAAGAAAAUUGUAUAACGGCGGCAACUACGGGAUACCAUCGGUCAUUUUUACACACGCAAUAUUAAACACAAACACACGUUAAACAAGACUGACUUUUGUCGAACGAUGAAAAAAAAAAUGAAAAAAAAUGAAGAAAUGAGGAUAAUUUAGUUCCACGCGAUGUGUAUAUUUAUUUAUUGCCUGUAGAGUUGAUGUGACGAAGUGUUUUUUUAUUUAUGUAGACUGUAAGUAUAUUAAGCAUAAUCAGCUAGGUUGUAAGGACUAUUGAAAAUACGCGCAUAUAGUUAUUACAUAGACGUGUGCAGAAUGUGAACACGAACAAAAAUAUGUCGUUUCUUUCUUCCAAUUUGCUGCAUUUCCUUGCUUUACUCUCGAGGUAUUAGACUGUUUACGUCGAUCAAAUCUGUAGCAUUCACUCGAUUCUAUUUAUAAUUCGUAUUACUUAUAUACAUCCUUGGAAUUUGCGUUGUUCUGCUUUUUGACACAUGUUUUUAUAUAAAUAGUAUAUAUAAUACACAAAGCUGAAUAGGGAGGAGGAACUCGUCGUCUUCGCCGAUGCAGGACGAAAAUUAUCCCCGAACACACGCGCGCAUUUAAUACGUUUGCUAGUGUUUUUUUCUUAGAUUUUAGAAGCUCUUGUACAUAUAGAUAAAGAAAGUUUCGAAACUAAAGGAACGUAUUUUCGUGUGAAUCACGACGAUUUUCUCCUACCCCCCGCAUACACAGUUCUAUUUCUCUAAAAACGAAUGAAAAAAAAAAUAAUAAACUCUACCGACGUCGCCUUCAUGCAACGAGGAAACGGGAACUGCAAAGAUGAUCGCGAGACUUUUUCUUAUAUAUAUGGAAAAAAAAACGAGCGGGGAACAGAUUGUGUAUAAUUUAAUGGACGCGAGUUAUAGGCUGAGAAAAAGGUACGAAGAGAGGUAAAAAGAAAAAAAAAACAAAAAUCGACAAUACAGGGAUGAGGCAACAAUAAUAGCUGACAGCGCAAGCGCAGAAAACCCUACCACAUUGUGAUAUAUAUAUAUAUAUAU